AUGGCCGACUCCAAUGUGCCUUUCUUUCUCCGUCUUCCCCACAAUGCCAGACAGAGAAUCUACAUUGAACUCGACCUCCUCCUGGACCCCGAUCUGAUUCCGAACUACAAUGUGGCGGGAGAAUGGUGCUUCAAGAAAAAAAUAUUCUACGACGAAGCUGAAUCAGCCAAUUUCGACGAUCUCUUUCCAAAUCAGCUGUUCUACGUCUCGCGAGCGGUGUCUGAGGAUGCUCGGUCCUUUUUUUAUGGUGAAAAUGUCAUUCUAUACGACAAUGACCCGAAAAACCCUAGUUUACCAAUUCUGAUGGGCCUCAGCCCUCAGGUGAUGAGAGCAUUUCGAACAAUUUCUAUCGGCUACUUCAUUGAAUAUGAAUCUUCAUCUGGCGAUACGGAAUCCGGCGGUCUCAAGGAAAAUAGUAGCUCGAGGACGGACAAUGAGCCCUUUCGCGACUGGUUACGUGCCUGUGAAUGGUUGGCAACGCACAUCAAAAACGAAGAUCAGUUAACACUUCAGUUGGACUGCGAUGCGAGGACCAAAGAGACCGCCGCGGCCUUUUUAGAACCUCUUCACAAGUUACCCCGGUUGAAAGAUUUGUCUAUUCGUCUCGGCUCUGGCUGGAAUCCGGAUAUUCAACAGAUGAUUAUGACAAUGAUCCGGCAAAAGACUCGACUUCAGCUCUGUCGUCCACCUUCCCCAGCACCUUUCCGCUUCUUCGAUCUACCUGUCGAGCUACAGCUUCACAUCUUGGAUCUCUCCGACCUUCUUACGUUUGACGACUUCUUUAUGUACAUCCACUGUCUCAACCGAUUUGUGUCCAUGUCCUGUCUAAAAACCAUGGGCAUGGACGCCAACAAUGAGGACGAAAUAGGACAUUAUUGCCCAGCAGAACGUACGGCAUUUAGUACGGUUACCCCGUGCUGGCGAGCCCCACACAUUCUGUUUCUCGUCAGCAAGACCAUGCGCCAACUCAUCAUCCCCGUCUUCUACUCGCGGAACAAAUUUCAAGUUCUUUAUCGGCCAGACCUCUCGCCUCCCUGUGCAGAAUGGAGCGUACAGAAGUCGACAUUCCUGCGCAGCUUCCCACCGUACGCCUUUCAAUUUCUCCGUUACAUUCGUUGGGAUUUCAUUCAAAAAGACAAUCUUAUUACAUUUUAUCCAGCUGACCAGGCAAGACACGACUGGGUCAAAUCGCUUGACUACAUCGCCCAAGCUGUUCCUGCUGGCGUGUUGACUGUGGACCUGACUCUGACCAAAUGUUUCGAACAAAUGGCUAAUAUAGAAUCCAUCGAUUUGAACUCCUUUGAUUGGGUUGUACGGCCAAUGACCUGCUUGCGGGGCCUGCUGAAAGAUCUUUUCAUCUGCAUCAAUCUUGAUGAAGAAUAUCAAAUGGAUAUUGUGCGUGCUAAGGAGCAGUCCCUAGAAAAGAGUGUGAUGGGAGAUGAUUACGAUAGCUUGGCACGUGGAAAGAUAUCUUUCGCUCAAGUUGAGGAUUUGGAGGAUUUAGAGGAUUAG